GCGCACCGGCCAUGUUUCUUUAUUGAUAGUAGGCUACUUUGUGUACCAGUGUAAUAGAGAAAGUGUUGCGAUCAGUUUGAUAAGUCUCGAACUUCCGGCAAGUUGAAUUUUGUUUUCUGUUUAACCAUACCUACCGCAAGCAAAACACAAACCAUGGCUGUGUCCACCUCCGUGAUGUUGUACCGUUGACACCCCUGUCUACCUAGACGUGUGUCUAAACUGUCGUCCAAAUGGAAAUGGUGCCUAGCGAGGAGAACCAGCUCGUACCCAAAGAGGGUAUGUUUUGGAGUUGCAGACAGUCUUUGUUUGAUGAGAUGAAGAAGAAGUUUUCCCAGAUAGAAAAUGCUGCGGAGGAGCCCAGAGUGCUGUGUAUUAUUCAGGACACCACUAACUCCAAGACGGUCAACGAAAGGCUGACCGUCAACCUUCCAGCAUCCACGUCCCUCUCCAAACUCCACGAAGAUGUGGCCCACAAAGCCGGCUAUAUGAUCGGCACCUUUGACCUUGCAUGGGGAAACAUAUCCGAAAUGACCCCAUUGGAUCAAAGCAGUGCGAUUACACUCUCAGAGUCUGGUUUUGAAGCUGGGAAGAGGAAUUUCCUACAGCUCACUGACAGAGAUGGAGAGCAACCCCAGAUGGCAUCGGAUGAGUCAGGGACCGCAGACAGCAGUGGCUUGGAUGAUAGUUCCCAAGAGCGUUUCAUCGGACCAUUGCCAAGAGAGAGCACGGGUGGAUGUAGCAAUGACUACAGCAGCCCCUCGUACUCCUACUCUUCGAUACUAAACAAGUCUGAGACAGGAUACGUAGGCUUGGUGAAUCAGGCUAUGACCUGCUAUUUAAACAGCCUCCUACAAACCCUGUUUAUGACUCCAGAAUUCAGAAACGCACUGUACAACUGGGAGUUUGAGGAAUCUGAAGAGGACCAAGUCUCCAGCAUCCCUUACCAGUUACAAAGACUGUUUGUUCUGCUGCAGACCAGUAAGAAACGGGCAAUUGAGACCACAGAUGUGACAAGGAGUUUUGGCUGGGACAGUAGUGAGGCCUGGCAGCAGCAUGAUGUCCAGGAGCUGUGCAGAGUCAUGUUUGACGCCCUGGAACAAAAAUGGAAGCUGACCGAACAGGCUGACCUGAUCAACCAGUUAUACCAGGGAAAGCUGAAGGACUACGUACGCUGUCUGGAGUGUGGCAACGAGAGCUGGAGAAACGACACCUACCUGGAUAUCCCUCUCGUCAUCCGACCGUUUGGAGCCAGCCAGGUUUACGGCAGUGUGGAAGAGGCUUUGCAGGCAUUCGUCCAACCAGAAACCCUGGAUGGGGCCAACCAGUACUUCUGUGAGCGAUGCAAGAAAAAAUGUGAUGCCCGUAAGGGACUGAGGUUUUUGCACUUCCCGUACCUGCUGACACUACAGCUCAAGCGCUUUGACUUUGAUUACACCACUAUGCAUCGGAUCAAACUCAACGACCGAAUGACCUUCCCAGAUGAGCUGGACAUGAGUCCUUUCAUGGAUGUAGAAGACGAGAAGUCACCGCAGACGGAAAGCUGCACGGACAGUGGAGCAGAAAAUGAAGGCAGUUGCCACAGCGACCAGAUGAGUAAUGACUUCGCCACAGACGACUGUGUUGAUGAAGGCAUCUGCUUAGACAGCACGGGCAGCGCCGAGCGGGGCUUGAAGCCCAAGGUUGCUGAAACAGUGAAUUCGCUGACUUUUGAGCUCUUCUCUGUGAUGGUGCACUCGGGGAGUGCUGCAGGUGGCCACUACUACGCCUGUAUCAAAUCCUUCACUGAUGGCCAGUGGUACAGUUUUAACGACCAGCAUGUUAGCAAGAUCUCCCUAGAAGACAUCAGGAAGACAUACGGAGGGUCGACAGGAAGCAGAGGCUAUUAUUCCAGUGCCUUCGCCAGCUCUACGAAUGCCUAUAUGCUGAUUUAUAGGUUGAAAGAUCCUUCAAGAAACACAAAGUAUUUAGAUCCGGAAGACUUCCCCGAGCAUAUUAAGUAUUUGGUCCAGAAGGAGAAGGAGUCCGAGGAGCAGGAGAAGCGACAGAGGGAGAUUGAACGCAACACUUGCAAGAUUAAACUCUUCUGUCUGCAUCCUGGGAAGAUGAUGACCAUGAUUGAGAACAAGCUGGAAGUUCACAAGGAUAAAACCCUUAGGGAGGCAACACAGAUGGCCUACAAGCUGCUGGAGCUGGAGGGAGUGGUUCCUCUAGACUGUUGUCGCUUGGUGAAGUACGACGAGUUCCAUGAGUAUCUGGAGCUCUCGUAUGAGGAUGAUGAGGACACGCCCAUGGGCAUGCUGCUGGGAGGAGUCAAGACCUCGUACAUGUUUGACCUGCUGCUGGAGACGCGCAGGCCAGAGCAGGUGUUUCAGCCGUACAGACCUGGAGAGGUGAUGGUGAAGGUUCACGUCGUGGAUCUGAAGAACGACACUAUCGUUCCUCCCGUCAGUGUCCGGGCUUUCCUGAACCAGAGCAUUGCGGAAUUCAAGCAGCUCAUCGCACAGGCCACGGGGCUCUGUGCGGAGACCAUGCGUGUGGUGCUGGAACGCUGCUACAACGACCUCCGCCUCCUCUUUGUUCCAAACAAGACUCUGAAAGCCGAAGGCUUCUUCAGAAGCAACAAGAUUUUCGUCGAGAGCUCGGAUUCCCCAGACCAACAGCUCCCAUUCACUGACUCUCACUUGUGGAAAUUGCUGGAUCGACAUGGUAACACGAUUCGACUGAUGGUACUGCUUCCGGAGCAGUUGCCUGGUACCCUGUUCAACAGAACUGCUGGCCAGAAAGCAGCCGGUGGCUCGGAUGGCUCCUUUGAGGGCUCAAAGGCCGCCAGGAAGCCUGUCGAGGCGAUCCUGGAGGAGAGCACAGAGAAGCUCAAGAGCCUCUCCUACCAGCAGCAGCAGCAGGGCUCUAGCAACAGCGACAGCCAGAAGAGCUCGGACACUAGCGACUUCGAGCACAUCGAGUCCCCCACUCAGGAACUGGACUCUGGCUCCUCCGCGUCGGCUGCAGCGGACAACCGCGAGCUGGAGGACCGGAUCCAGGCCGCGGCCGCGGGGGGCAGUGCCGGCCCUGCCUCGGACCCCGACAACCAGUACGCCGGCGAGGAGCGCUCCGACUCGGAGGUGCACAACGACCGCAGCACCAGCUCGGUGGACAGUGACAUCCUGAGCUCCAGCCACAGCAGCGACACACUGUGCAACGCCGACAGCGGGCCCAUCCAGCUGGCCAACGGGCUGGACUCGCACAGCAUCACCAGCAGCCGCCGCUCCAAGGCCCACGAGGGCAAGAAGGAGACCUGGGACACGGCGGAGGAGGACUCCGGCACGGACAGCGAGUACGACGACAACGGCAAAAGCAAAGCGAGCAGCACGCCGUUCAUGUACUUCAGGGUGUCCGAGCCGCGCAACCAGGGCGAGGCAUCCGGAGACGCUCAGAAAUGUAUAAUCGUCCAUGUGGAUAAGCGGAUUACACUGGCAGCCUUCAAGCAGAACAUGGAGCCCUUCGUAGGAGUGGGCUCCAGCCAGUUCAAGGUGUUCCGCGUGUAUGCCAACAACCAAGAGUUUGAGAGCGUACGGCUUAACGAAACCCUCUCAUCCUUCUCCGACGAUAAUAAGAUAACAAUCCGACUAGGAAGAGCACUGAAGAAAGGGGAGUACAGAGUGAAAGUGUACCAACUACUGGUGAACGAAGCGGAGCCCUGUAAAUUUCUUGUGGAUACAGUGUUUGCAAAAGGCAUGACUGUGAGGCAGUCUAAAGAAGAACUGCUUCCACAAGUAAAAGAACAGUGUAAGCUUGAUCUCAGCAUUGACAGGUUCCGACUCAGGAAGAAGACGUGGAAGAACCCAGGAACAGUGUUCCUGGACUACCAUGUCUACGAGGAAGACAUCAACAUCUCCUCCAACUGGGAGGUCUUUCUGGAGGUCCUCGACGAACCAGAGAAGAUGAAGUCCAUGUCCCAGCUGGCUGUGCUCACCAGACGCUGGAGCCCCACCCACAUGAAGCUGGAGGCCUUCCGUGAGGUGGUUCUGGAGAGCAGCAGCGUGGAAGAGCUCAAGGAAAAGCUCUGUGAAAUAAGUGGAAUACCGCUUGAGAACCUGGAGUUUGCAAAGGGGAGAGGAACCUUUCCUUGUGACAUCUCAGUGUUGGAGAUUCAUCAGGAUCUGGAUUGGAACCCAAAGGUGUCUACUCUCAAUGUUUGGCCUCUGUACAUCUGCGACGACGGGGCUGUGGUCUUCUACAGGGAUAGCACUGAGGAACUGAUGGACAUGUCCGAGGACGAGCGCAGCGUGCUCAUCAAGAAGGAGAGCAGCCGCCUGCUAAAGACCGGACACCGGGUCAGCUACUCUCCACGCAAAGAAAAGGCCCUCAAGAUCUACCUGGACGGGGGCCCUGCUAAAGACUCGGCACAGGACUGAGACGCACACCCCUGCUGCUGUUUUGGAUUCUCUUCUUGCUACAGUGUAGUUGUCCGGGGACACUGGGGUGUCCGUAUGGGUGUCUUCAACUUCAAAGCAGUGCUGUGCAGUAAAACCCGUGGUCACUCUCUCCAGCAGGGAAGAGAUUGGCUCAGAAGUCCCAUCUGUGCACUAUAGUGUAAUGUACUGUAAAGUUUUAAAGGGAAGUACAGAAGCUAUGACAUUUAAAGAUGAACAUCGUUUAGACGAAUCCAUUGAAAAUAAGGCCACAGAUACACACUGCACGGAUAGAACUGUGAAACAGGAGAGUAUGAAAUCACUGUCUCCAUGUGUCCUUUAAAGAAAGCCCUUCUUGUAACCUCUUGAGUGUUUUGCUUCCUAAUUUUGUCGUUAGAUUCAUUGGAAACCAUCACGUCAUCCGUGAGUUUAGCGUUAUUCUAUCGUCGCGGCACUCCUUUGCUAUAGAAGAUUUAGGUCUACCUUACCAUCUCCUUACGACGAUGGAACCACCCAUGUGUGCAAGAAAGAGCUUAAACAUGUAUCCUUAAUGAACUUUUUGAAACGUCCCAUUUAUUGUUUGCACUUAUUUUUGCAAUUUUAAAUUCCAAAAUUUGGUGGUACAAAGCUUUUUCGAAUUUGGUGGGUUAUUUCAUAAGCAGAGUUUUCCUUUAUAUCCUUUUAUAUAUUAUAAUCUGUUAAAUAGGCUAUUGGUUCAUCACAUCAUCACCUGGAACAGUGAAACAAAGCCAAGCAGGCUAUGUUAAGAAUCCUUUUUGUUUUGUAAAUUAUUGAUUUGCUGCAGACCUAAUGCUCCGAUCGGGUUCUGCAGAAGAACUCUGGCACACCUCAUCCCUAUUUAACCUUUUUUUUUUGCUGGCAACGAUGAGUUGGUUUUUUUCUGUGUGUUGCGUGUGAACGCAAUGCGUACCUUCUAGUGGGAGCACUGGCGUGGGCGCACGGGUCGUUAAAAUCUGCAGGGCAAGGUUGUUUUGUGAUGAGACAGAAUCACGUUUUGGCGCUUCUACUGGCUGCUGCUUGAUAGUCCUGACUCCCAGGGGUGUAGAGCCUGCUGAACUUGCUAUACAUUUUGGGCGUCACCCAGCCGCGCUAAACCAAGUCCUUCAGCACUGCUGGCCUUCUGGUGCUGCCCACCAGCUGUUCACUGUAGAAAUGCCAAUAUCUGAUUUUGUUUUUUUUGUUUAUUUGUAUUUCUUUAAGAAUUAAAAUCCUGUGUGAACAUAGUAUCAGAAUUUUAGAGUUGAAUAAAAUAAUUUUUUCAUAA